AACGAAACGACAGAGCACCAUGAAUGAAUUUCCCGAAAUGAAUUCGAGGCCGGCCACGGAUUAAAUCAAUAUUUUAAUUAUUUUGACAUAAAUUAAUUUUGUUGUUGUUGCUGAUUUUGAAUAAUUGUAGUGAAGAGUGCAGACCACCGAAUUUGUGAUCUACCACUACCAUAGUGUACUGGAAGCAUUAUAAGCAUCAGCAUCAUCUUCUUCUUAUUAUUGUAGACUACAAAUACUACAGAGUCAUCAGCUAUGGCUCUUCAUCUUAACGUUUCAAAUUGAUAGAGAGAGAGAGUGUGUGUGUGUGUGCGCGUUGACGUACGAAGAAAAUGGAGGCGCCCACGUUUGUGUCGAAAGCGAGGACCGCCUUCCAUUCUGCUGCUGCGAAAGCGGAGAGGGUUCUCAUGGACUUCAAAUCCGAUCGAGAAGAUCAUGAUAAUCAAUCGUCCAGCAACUUGACGAGACAACCGGUAGUUGAAUCUCCUCACAACGAGAACGAGAACGAGUCCAAGCUUCGCAGUCAAUCAAAGCAUAAAAAGUGGAGGCCUCCGCAUAUAGGAAUAAAGCAGGAUUGGCAAGAUAAAAUUAAGAACAUUCGAAUAGGGAGAAAAGAAGUUGAAGAAAAAGACAAAGUUGGGGAUGCAAGCAUGGCAAUUCCAUUUUAUGAUGAAAAUUUGUACAUCUUGAAUAUGAAGAAUGAUCUUGAGGCCAAGGCUUCAGAAGCAAUUCCCUCGGUUGAAAGCCUAACUGCUGCAACUAAAGAUCCCAUUCCUCCGGCAUCUGUGCUGAAGCAAUUGGCUAUAGCUGUCGAGGCUGGAAGUAAAAAUAAGUCAAUGAAAGAUUUUAUAGCUUCAUCAGGAGGUUCCUCACCUGCCAGAGAGAGGGCAGGCUUAAGUCUAUCUGCAGUUAAGGCUCUAGUGUUGCGUGAAAAGGAGGACAAACUUAGCUCUGAGUUUAGUAGUGAUGAGAAAGUUGUGAAUUUGAUUAAUUCUCUGUUUGAUCCAGAGGGAGAUUUCCUUAGAAGAAAGAUCAACUCGAAUCCUGAGGAAACUGCCAUCACAUCUUUGCCAAGAGAUAUUCAUGGUGCUCCUCCUGAAAGCCUUGUUGUUAAGCUAGCUGAAAUCGUUGGAAACUACAAGACCCUUCGAAAAAUGGCUCUUUUCUGGUGCAGGGUUGUUGUUGAACUGAGAAAACUUUGGUCUGAAGAACAAUAUUUACCUGGAAUCCCCCUGGACGAGAUUCCAGAUCUGAAGUCAUGUCUUUUGUAUCAACAAUUUCAAGUAAUUAAUUGUUGCAUCUCUCGGAAAAGACUCCGUAUUAUUGCCACCGAAUCUCUAGAGUCUAUGAUGAAGCAAGCUAAUUCAAACAUAGAAGAAACAGUCAAUUAUAAUGGCGGAACUCCUGCAAGCCCUGUUUUAUAUGCUAGAUUAAAUACAGGGGACCUUGUUCUUCGACUUGGUGCAGAUUGCCCAACUGGAGAUCUGGCAUUGUUGGAAACUGGCGAGCCUGUGUACACUCCUGUCACCCAGGAAGGACCUUUGCUUACAGAAGAUCUUAUCAAAGAAACAGAGGAAUUUGUUUUGCGGACAGGGAGUGUCGGUGCUGGGUGCUCUCAACUGCUCUCCGAUAUGCAGGCCUUCAAGGCAGCAAAUCCUGGAUGUAUUUUGGAGGAUUUUGUAAGAUGGCACUCUCCUCCUGAUUGGACAGAUAAUGAGACAAGUACUGAGGAUAGUGAUGUUUUUGAUGGUGGUGAGCCGUUGUCUGCUAGAGGUCAGCUAAGUCGGCGAAUGCAAAAAGAAGGUAAUUUGUGGCGUGAAUUGUGGGAAACAUCUAAACCAGUGCCGGCUGUCAAACAGGCACCUCUCUUUGAUGAGGAUUUGGCAGUGGAGGGUAUCCUCAAUGCAUUUGACGACAUCCAUCCUUCUGAGCUUUUUGGACAGCUGUUUGUUUCUUUACUUGGUUUAGGAUUUGCAAUUGCUGAACCUGUGCUGUCUAGUAGCAGUGACUUCUCAAAGUUGUUUUGUGACUGCAAGGACUACAUAGUUGCCACGUGUCAAGGCAACAACUUGAGUGAGAAAAUUGAUGACCUUCUCCAGGUAUAUGAAACAGUGGAGACAAUGUUACUGAAUCCUGAAGAGGCACUAAAGAUGAUGAAGCAGUCAGAAGAAUCAACUACGAUUACUGGUGAGCUAAAGAGCCCGUUUAAGAGGCUAAGGCUUAUCUUUGGUGGUAAAGAUAAACUAUUGAGAAAGUCUGUAUCAAAAGAUAAGAUAAACGAUGAAGAAAAGCCAAUUCGGCAAUCUUUCUCAAACUUCUUUGAGAGCAAGUCAUCUUUAUUUUCAAAGAAGCCUCCUAAAUCUGAAAGUCUAUCCCCUUCUGAGAAACCUUCUCUUGAAACUCAUUGGACAGCUAAUUAG